AUGACGGGUCAUGAACAAUCUGCGAUCGAUAUAUCCCGGCGAGAAGAGGAAGCGGUGGAAUUACAAUCAAUGCCGCCCGCGCACGACGAGAUAGGGCCGGAUGCGCCUCUCAUAACGGACAAUGAAGACGACAGUCGGCCUCUGGCUCCCUUAACUGUACACUCCUCCGGAAAUGCAUUUAUCUGGACCUUGACUAUCUCUGCUUGUGUCUCGGGGCUCCUAUUUGGCUACGACACUGGCGUCAUCAGCAGCACGCUGGUUUCAAUCGGCACCGAUCUGUCCGACCGAGAGUUGACCGACCUCGACAAAGGUCUCAUAACCUCCUGUACGAGUCUCUUUGCCCUCAUCGCGAGUCCGAUCGCCGGCGUUCUGGCCGAUAAGCUGGGACGAAAGAACAUCAUUUUGUUUGCGGAUGCUCUCUUCACAUCGGGCGCGCUAUGGCAGGCACUUACAAGUUCGGUGCUGGGUAUGAUAUGGGGACGAAGUAUAGUUGGACUCGCGAUCGGAGGGGCGAGUUUGAUUGUCCCUCUUUACAUAUCAGAGCUUGCGCCCAGUCAUCUUAGGGGAAGGCUCGUGACAGUCUCGCUCCUCUUCAUCACCGGCGGUCAAGCCAUUGCAUAUUUGGUGGGAUGGGGAUUUUCAACUCUGCCCGGUGGGUGGAGAUGGAUGGUCGGUCUCGGGUCGGCUCCGGCGGUUGCACAGCUUGUCAUGUUGACCUUCAUGCCUGAAACAGCCCGAUAUUUGGUGAAGGUUCAAAAAGAGACCAAGGCGCGAAGUGUUUUGGCAAAAGUGUAUCGUGGAAUGACCUCGGACAGCGCCGAUCUCGUCGACAAUAUCAUCCUGGCCAUCAAGAAAGAGAUUUUAGAUGAGGAGCAUGCGCAUACCCGGCUCAAGAUGACGCAAUCCCCAUCGACCGUCAUGCCAUCGACGUUGCACUCUCUACUCUUUCAUCCACCACAUGCGCGAGCUCUGACGAUAACAUGCACCUUACAAGCUCUCCAACAGCUUUGCGGAUUCAAUAGCUUGAUGUAUUUUUCCGCCACCAUCUUUUCUCGUCUCGGAUUUUCAUCUCCUACCUUGAUAUCUCUAAGUGUCGCCGGAACGAAUUUUGUCUUCACGAUUGGCGCGUUCAAUCUGAUUGACCGGAUCGGACGAAGACGCAUUUUGCUCAUUACAAUUCCCGUCAUGGUCCUGGCCCUGCUGCUGUGCGCAGGAGCCUUCGCAUUCAUUCCUCCAUCAGCCCAGGGUCAACCGGGGGUGUCAACAGGGAGUCCAGGCGAGGAUACAAAAUCUCGGCUGCCGGCCAUAGGAAUUCUUGUUGCAAUGCUUCUGUAUGUUUCAACAUACGCCAUGGGCCUUGGACCCGUUCCGUGGCAGCAAUCGGAAUUAUUCCCUCUUGGCGUUCGAUCACUGGGAUCCGGUAUAGCGACCGCCACAAACUGGGGUUGCAAUACCAUUGUAGGGCUGACCUUUCUCCCGAUGAUGGAUCUCUUGACUCCGACAUGGACGUUUGUGUCCUACGCCUUGGUAUGUGUCACGGGUUGGGCUGUCAUCUGGCACGUGUACCCGGAGACAAUGGGAUUGGGGCUGGAAGAGAUUGGAGAGUUGUUGAAGAAUGGUUGGGGAGUUAAAGCGAGCAUGGCCAGGUUGCAAACGUCGAGAUCUGGGAAGUGA